AGUUCGGAAGCGCCCAAAGUUCACCAACCUUUUCCUCUCCUUGGGGGGACUCGGGGAAGCAGUCCGGGACCAAGACCGGACGGCCCGUCCGCUUCAGCAGCAAGUGCCUGGCUGGCCCGCCCUCCUCCCCAAAUAGCGCGCAACGCAGGCGCGGCCCCUUCCUCUUCGCCCCUUCGCUCAGUUUCGCGGUGGCGUCAGCCGAGACCCUCCCUGGCUGCACAUCCGCCAGCCACCUCCGCAAGGAAAGAGAGCUGUGGGUGUCACUCAAAAGAAAAAGAAUCAUUUCUGCAAGGGCAUUCCUACAUCCCCAGUGCCUGAGAAGUGACAAGCCUGACCAAGCAGCGCAAAGCCCAAGAUGCUAGGCCUGCUCGUCCCUGAGCAGCAGGAGCUGGGCCUCACAGGGGUGUGACUUGGCAACAGGCGGCUCGGCCUUAUCGCUGCCUGCACAACUUGCAUCCCUCGAGAACAGUCCGAGGAGGAUCCGCACAAGGAGGGCACAUCCUGCCUUUGCAGAGCCCUGGAGUUGGUGCAGAGCUCCAAGCACUUUGGUGACUUCUAGUCCACCUGAUGAAAUGGUUGCUGUGGAUGACUAUGUCAAGUAACAGUCUCUCCAGGGUUGACUCAUGAGUAGAUCAGCUGUUCCAGCUUGCUGCUUGACACAAGGAAGCUAAUAAAUGGCAAAAUUGCAAGUCUUCAAAAGAAUCUAAGCAGGUUACACCUUCUGAAGAACACCUCAAGGGUCCAAGCGAUGCUAGGUAGGUGACUCAUGAGAUAUAUACUGAACGUAAGACACUGUGGAAGACCUCCCUAUGGCUUGCAUCACUGUGACAGUAUUAUGGAAGGCCUCAGCCUUUAGGGCUCUGCGGCCUCUCAGUCUAGCUUCUUCCAGAAGCUUCAGCAAACGUCAGCAGGCGCCGGCUGCUCAGAAUUUUUCAGGCUACGAAUCCAUACAAGAACAGUAUAAGCCGGAGGUGCCAGAAUACUUCAACUUUGCAAAAGAUGUAGUGGAUAAGUGGGCUGAGGCAGAAAAGGAAGGAAGGCGACCUACAAGCCCAGCUCUCUGGUGGGUCAGUGAGCAAGGGGAACAGGUGAAGUGGACCUUUGCGGAGCUGGCCCUUGUAGCCAAGAAAGCAGCCUGGGUGCUCUCUGAGCAGUGCGGCCUGCGGAAAGGAGACAGAGUCAUAGUGAUCCUGCCACGGAUUCCUGAAUGGUGGCUCCUGAAUGUGGCUUGCAUGCGAACAGGAACUGUUCUUAUUCCAGGGACAACGCAGCUGACAGCAACAGACAUUCUCCACCGAAUACAGACAUCAAAGGCCCGAUGUAUCAUUACUGACCAGGCUCUGGCCCCAGCUGUAGACGCAGUCGCUUCCAAAUGCCCAUCUCUCGAAUUCAAGCUAAUUGUGUCACGGGACCCCAGGGAAGGCUGGCGAAACUUCAACGACUUACUGGAACAUGCACCUGCUGAGGACACUUGUGUGGCCACAAAGAGUCAUGAUCCCCUGGCUAUCUAUUUCACCAGUGGAACAACGGGUACUCCAAAAAUGACUGAACAUUCCCACGCCAGUCAUGGGAUUGGACUGGAUCUAAAUGGAAGGUAUUGGCUCGAUUUGACACCUCUGGAUAUAAUUUGGAAUACUUCAGACACAGGCUGGGCAAAAUCAGCAUGGAGUAGCAUUUUCGCACCAUGGAGCCAAGGGGCAUGUGUGUUUGUGCACGGCAUGCCACGGUUUGAGCCACAGCCUGUCCUCGAAACUUUGUCCAGGUUUCCUAUAACAACGUUCUGUUCUGCUCCAACCGCUUAUCGGAUGUUAAUACAUCACAAUUUAACCAGUUAUAAAUUCCAUAGCCUGAAGCACUGCGUGAGCGCAGGGGAACCCAUGAAUCCAGAAGUGAUGGAACAAUGGAAAACGGAAACAGGACUGGAUAUCUACGAAGGCUACGGGCAAACAGAGACGGUGCUGAUUUGUGGAACUUUCAAGGGGAUGAAAAUUAAGCCAGGCUCUAUGGGGAAGCCUUCUCCAGCCUAUGACACUCAGAUAAUAGAUGAAGACUGUAAUAUUUUAUCGCCUGGAAAAGAAGGAGAUAUUGCUAUCCGAAUAAAGGCAGCACGGCCGUUUUGCCUUUUCACUCAAUACACUGAUGAUCCAGAAAGGACAGCUUCAUCUGUACGUGGUGACUUCUACAUCACUGGGGAUAGAGGGAUGCGGGAUGAAGAUGGCUACUUGUGGUUUGUAGGAAGAGCAGAUGACGUCAUCAACUCUGCUGGAUACCGCAUUGGACCAUUUGAAGUGGAAAGCGCAUUGAUCGAACAUCCAGCAGUAGUAGAAUCCGCUGUUGUUAGCAGCCCAGAUUCCAUCAGAGGAGAGGUUGUGAAAGCCUUUGUGGUUUUGUCGCCUGACUACGUUCUCCAUGAUCCAGAAGCACUGAUUAAGGAGCUGCAGGAUCAUGUCAAAAAGGUCACUGCCCCAUACAAGUAUCCUAGAAAGGUGGAGUUUGUGCCCCAUCUGCCAAAGACAGUCAGUGGGAAAAUCCGAAGAAAUGAAUUACGCAAGAAGGAGUGGGGGAAAGCUUAGAAUUCUGUUUACUUUCACUGUGCCUGUUCUAAGUUUCAUAUUGGUUCCUUGUGUUGCAAGAUCUGGUUGGGCUAGCCUCCAUAUUUAAAUCCCGCACAUCCACUCCCUUAGAGAGAGAUCGACGUGCAUACAAGCAGUGUAGGGUCAGACCUUUGGGGAGUGUCAUUGGUUCCGCAUCUCCCUCUGCCCAUUUAUAUAAAAGCAUCUUGCCAGGUUAAGCAAAGUGAAGUGUAACUCUCAUUCCAGAUGUUGGAAAGCAUACAGAAGAGAACACUGUGUACUCUGGAGAAAGCUCCAAAACAAGUUUGAUUCCAAAGCUCAAAAGAAGAAGAAAAAACACCAGCAAGCUAGAAACAUAAUCAAGCACACAAAGCCAGUACCUUCUUUCUACCCUGUAGAAACAAUAAAUGAAGGGCCUCAAUCUGUCCAGUGCAGCACACGGUUCCACUUCACCUAUUAAUCCGACAGCUUCCAAGACACUCAAUGAUGCAGGUAUCCACAUCUGGGUCACUGAGAACUGCAACUUGUUAGAACUGAGAUAGAGUUGCCAUGAAGCAAGUUAAGCCAUUUUAAGCGCACACAGUCUGGUUUAAGUGAAUCCCAUCACCCAGGAUUAUAAACCGAACCAUGAGAGGAUUAUUUAUACGUGUUCAAGUAGUCAUUUCAAUAUUCCAAGCACUUACCAGCAGCAAGCCCCUUUGAGCACUUGAGCUAAAAAACCCUGUGUACAAACACAACCUGGCUGUAGCAACAUUUUGGCAAAUGGUCCUCUCUCUUUUAUACGUAUAUAUCAACUGCAAGGGAUCCAGUGGUGACAACAGAUAUGAAGCAUUAUCACCAAAGCUUCUGUCAAUUAUGAACUAUGCUGAAUGGUGCCAAAAACAGGAGGGGAAAUUUUGAAAGUCACCUGGACACAGUCCAGCCAAUAUUAAGUCCCUUUAGAUCCCAUUUAGUUCAGUGGGAGAAUUCAAUACAUGCUUAAAGCUACUGAAAAUCAGUGGGACCUAAACUGCACAAAACCAGCUGAUCGCACCAAUAAUAGUUUUAGUUUCCGCAACAAAUCUGAGGCCUGCAUCUGUGCUGGAAGACUGUCCCCCACCCAUGUGGAAACAAACUUCUAGAAGCCUCUCAGGCUUUUAACUAUUAAUAUUCUUGCACACUGUAAUUUCUGUACUGUCCUUAAAAAGAGAUAGUAAUGCGCUCAAAAUUCGAACAGUUAACAGAAAAUUGUUUUUAUUUCAUUUGUUAGACUUAACAAAGAGUGUUGUGGACUGCAAUCUGAAUUAUCCCUUGGGACACCAAAAGCACCAGUAUUUCAUAAUCAAGGGAACCAUUUUCAAGCUAGUGUUAGAACACAUUGAAAAGCUGGUGUUCCAGAGAAAGUCACUAAUCUGUGCUGCCAUGCAAGCUUCAUUCCAUUUAAUGGGCUUAUGUUGAGCUUGUUGGAUCUUUUGUAGAACUUCUACCUCUUAUUUUCUAACUAAUGUGGGUUUGUGUUUUCUCUUUCAGUAGUAGAUUGAUGUAAACUCCUUUUUCACAGCCAUAUACCAGACUCAUGUGUAGUGUCAAUGCCUACAUCUGAACGAAACACAUUUGAUUGAAAUAGAACAUCUCAGCAUAAGAAAGGUGGUUUGAUGCACUCUGCAAUUAAAGUCAGCCUGCAGAAUUUCAGUUUUUUUUAAAAAGGGCACACUUUUAUUUCACUUCACAAAUAAAGAAUUAAGAUUUUUAAACAGUUUAAAA